AUGGAAGACAACAGGAAAAGAACCAGGCUGCGCAAAUCCUUGCAACUCUACCUCUCCAGGACGCUCAAGAAGAUCCCUCCAAUCCACAUCCCCAGCUCAGCCAUUCCAGCUAACAUCACCAGCGCGCGCCUCCUCUCCACCUGCAGGUUCCCAAGAACCCUGUCGCUGGAUUUGGACGCCGAUCACACUGCCGCCGCCAGUGCGGACAACAACAGCAAGGACCAAGCGGCGACGCUUUCCGACGUCGACCGCUUCCUCUUCGACAACUUCCGGUCCCUCUACAUACAUGACAACAACGAUCCAUCAUUAUCGGUAGGCACAUCGACAUCAGUCGUCAAUGGGACACCACCAACAUCGGAGACGUCAUCUUCCUCAGAAUCGGCCUCAAAAGACAUCAAGGAAGCUAGGCCAGGUGAGGAGGGUGGCGACAGCGCGACCAUAGUGGUCUUCACCAUGGAUCCUUACACAGACUUCCGGAGAUCCAUGCAGAACAUGAUAAAGUUGCACCAUGGCUGCGUAUGUCAGCCAUUGGAUUGGGACUUCCUGGAGGAGCUGCUCUUUUUCUACCUGCAGCUGAAUGACAAGGCUAUGCACAAGCACAUUCUCAAAGCCUUUGCUGACCUGACUGCCGGAACUCACAUGGCCAGUUGA